GGGCGGGGCGGGACGAGGCCGCGCGGCGCGGGGCCGGCAUGGUCAUGGGCGCGCAGUGAUCGGCCGCGCCGCGCGUCUCCUGGUAACCGCCGCCAUGGCCGAGCAGGAGCACAAGAGCCUCGACGAUUUCUUCGCCAAAAGAGACAAGAAGAAGAAGAAGGACAAAGGCAGAGGGGCGAAGGCGCCGCCGGUGAAAGCCGCCGCCGCCGCUGCCCCACCUCAGCCGCCGCCGCCUCCACCACCUCCUCCAACUCCUCCCGUCGCCGAGCCUGAGGCCUUGCCCGCACAGCCCGCUCCCGCCUCGGCGCCACAGCACGACCAGCUCCAGGCCCAGGCCGAGGCUCCGGCUCCGGACGCGGAGCAAGGACAGGCCCAGGCUCAGGCUCAGGGCGCUGAGCAAGGCCCACAGCUCAACCCGCCGCCGCCCGCCGACGUCACCACGGCCCCUGCUCCGGCCCCGGCCCCGGGAGGCGUCAGGAAGCCCAGGAAGGACAGGGAGCGGAUGGCGAAGGGCGAGAACCAGGACCCGAUGCAGGAGAGGCCCAGGGAGGAUGAGGAAUGGAAGGAGUUUGAACAAAAGGAAGUUGAUUACAGUGGUUUAAGGCUCCACGCCUUACAAAUCAGUGAUGAAAGGGAGGAAGAAGAUGAGAAGAAAGAAGAUCAAGAUGAGGAUGGAGAGAACGUCUCGUACAGAGAAGGAGAUCGGACCAUUGGACCGUGGAACAAAACACCAGUUCAGGCACCCGUCGCUGUGGUGGAAGAGGUCCCGGAAGUGAAACCGUCUGGUGUGUACCGCCCUCCUGGUGCCAGGUUAAACAACGCGAGGAGAACCCAGUCACAGGGACCACCUGAGAUCUUCAACGAUUUACAGUUUCCAUCCCUGCAGGCCUCGGCCAAGCAUGUCGAGACUAGAAAAGAUAAAGAAAUGGAAAAGACCUUUGAGAUGGUGAAAUACAAAAACAGAGCCAGGGAGGAUGGUGCUAAAAGUCAGUCCGUUCAGCUAGAACUUGGCAACCAGUUUGCUGUUCUUGAAGAGCAGUAAAAGUUGGUGCUUAUUUUACAGGCUGCCUGCUCUGUUCCAUCCCAGGUAACUAAUGCAACGUGGAACCCACCUGUCUUCACCACACAAUGCCAGAGAGAGAGAGAGAGAGAGAGAGAGAGAACAAAAACGAGUUUAAUUGAGGUGGCGUAGGCUUCUGUGGACAAACGAGGCAUCUACACGGCAUCAUGCGAAUUGAAAGCUUGAAGCACAUCCCUGCUGUCAUCUGCUUACGGACACUGAAUUGAUGCAAGGCCAUGAAUGAACUGCCAGUCUUGGGGCGACUUUUGUUUUGGCUAAUGAUCGGGGGGGGGGGAAAGCAGCCGCUAAAAUGGUUCCUUUUGUUUAUAUUCCUGCUUUCGAGUUGAAUGUUGAGCUUCAAGGGUGACGACCUCAGAGGUGUAGCUCACCUGCCGUCGCUUUAUAAACGGGGCGUCACAACAGCAGAGUGUUCGUUCAUCUGCUCAAUCCCUGGCAGCAGAAAUAGAAAUAGUAUGUCGGUCUACAAAGCCAACUCCAGACUACAUUAACGUCAAGUGACCUUACCGUCAAACAAGUUUUAUUUUUAAAAAACUAUCUUGUGUGGAGCCUAUUUAAAACACAAAAAAAAAUCUAGUUUUCAAUUUGUGACUUGACUAGCUCCAUGCAAUGGCUCUGACUGCACCGCCUCCUGGUCUAAAAAUCAUUCUUGAUAUGUUUGUCGUCAUCUGUACGCUGUGGCAAGUUGUGCUGAAGUAUAUAAACACAAUGUUCUUUCCCAGUGUCCCUGAUGCUCUAAAGAACCGUAAUCUAACAUGGAUCUUGGAUAAGUGUUCAUUUUAGAUUUGCGCUUGCUUUGCAAGUGGCGGCACCACUUCACGACCCCCACCCCCACCCCCACCCCCUUCAAUACAGCCUCUAGCGUUAGUAACAUGGAUAGAAAACCAAAGUGGUGACAGAGUUUUUUUAAAUCUGGAACUUGACUGGGGAGCGGAAAACAGGGAGGUUCAAACAAGUGUUCCAUUAAGAAUUAUUCGCCUAAUCUCAUCCGAACAAUCAAACUCUAGCCUUUGCUACGUGUCACAAAUGACAGCACUUGCCACAAUCUCCGCAGGUUGAAUAAUGAGUCCGACUUCGUUGUGUAUUUAUGUAAUUAUUACGGAGCCUUAACGUGGGAGGGGUUAAGGGGAAGAUAAAGUUUAACGGUGGCAACUGUAGAACUAUUUAUAACGGCUGGUACAGUAUUUUCUUGAAGCUGGAAGACCACUUGUAAAAUUGGGCAGCGUGAAACAAGUGCGUCUUCGGCUCCAACCAGUUGUAUUUUCAAAUCCCCUUCCUUCUAACUUGCAAUGAAACUAAUUCCCUGUUCAAGAACUAACAGCAACAGUUGGGGGGGCAUCAUUGGGUUGCAUUAAGGUGCAGAUUUAGAUCCUAUUUUGUGCUAUAUAAAUGGAACAGCAGCUAUUGUCUGAACAUAUUUGAAUCCUGGGAAUGUAUUAUGACUGUACUGGUGGAAAAGAAAUUGAAAUAAAUCAAUAAAUCUGCAA